ACGACAUUCUUUACGACCGCCAGAAUCACUUUACGGCAUCGCGGCAGCAAAAUGGCGUCCGGCAGUGGGUCCAAGAAUGAUUUUCGUCGCAAAUGGGACAAAGAUGAAUAUGAACAACUGGCCCAGAAGCGACUCACGGAAGAGAGAGACAAAAAAGAUGGCAAGCCUGUUCCCCCCGUCAAACGGGAGCUUCUCCGCCACAGAGAUUAUAAAGUGGAUCUGGAGUCAAAACUGGGGAAAACUAUUGUCAUCACAAAGACAACACCACAGGCUGAGAUGGGAGGGUACUACUGCAAUGUCUGUGAUUGUGUAGUGAAAGAUUCCAUAAACUUCUUGGAUCAUAUCAAUGGCAAAAAACAUCAGAGAAACCUUGGAAUGUCCAUGCGAGUGGAGCGCUCUUCUUUAGAUCAGGUUAAAAAACGUUUUGAAGUAAAUAAGAAGAGGAUGGAAGAGAAGCAGAAGGAGUAUGAUUUCGAGGAACGAAUGAAAGAGUUGCGUGAGGAGGAGGAGAAAGCAAAAGCAUACAGAAAAGAAAAGCAAAGGGAAAAGAAAAGAAAGGCAGAAGAAGACCUGAAUUUUGAAGAUGAUGACGAAAUGGCUGCCGUGAUGGGUUUCUCAGGGUUUGGUUCCUCUAAAAAAGGUCAUUGAUGAGGUUCUCUUGUAGGUAUUUGCUCACUAAGGCCUUUCAUUAUUCCUUGACAGGACCACAUAGCUUUUUGAAAAAUGUCUGAUUCAGCACAUGUGGUGAAGCCUCUAGUUGGUCAACCAAUUUUCAUAAAAUAUCAGCGCAGUAACGCUGAUCAGAGUCUAAAGUCAACUCAUUGAUUUAGGUAAAGUUUUUGUUGUUGUAAAUAGGGUUGCAUUAUUUAUGCUUUUCUGAGUUCUGUCUGAAGUAACCCUCCUACUACAACCGCAUACUGCGACAGGAAAGGUUAAAGCAAUAUGACCUUUUUAGAAGACAAGACUUCAUACCUUUAUCCCCCAAUGUCUUUUGUGAUCUGGAGAAGAAUGAAAGAGCAGAACUGUUCAUGUUUCAUGUUUUUGUUUCUUUUAAUAUUAGGAUUGAAAAUUGUACUUUGUGAUUAUUUUACAUUAAAACAUUGUGUAACAACUUUUUCAAAA